UUUAUUCACGUAAUCCUUUUACUAAUGUAAUAAAUUUGCCAAAGUAUUUAUAAACAAUUUAUAAUCAUAAAUCAGAAUUUUAAUUUCAAAUUGAAUAAAUGUACGCGCCUCUCGUAGCUAGGAUUUUGAGUUACAUUCGAAACAGAGAACGAUGGAAAUUUGGGAGGAUGAAAAGGACGAAAGUAGCUUGGUCUAUCAAUAGGGGUCAUCCAGAGCGGCGUGGCCACUAGCAGGAAGGGAAAAUGAACAAGAUAUAGUGGUCUGCGAGGCAAACGUCGCUUGGUUAUAGCGGGGGUGGCUCGGUCGGGCGAAUAGGGGUUAAGUAAGCCCGCUGCAGGGGUUUUCCCCUUACGUGCUGAAUAACCCCACUUCAGCGGUAUCAUGUUCUCGUCUUCUUCCAUUUACUGACACGUAUGGUUGGCGCUAAACAUCGUAGGUACGUGAACAAGAAUUCCAUGAUACAGUAAAUAGUUUUCAUUCAUAUUUUUAUGUGGUAAGAUGACAAACAUUUUUUUUACAAAUAAAUUACUAUUUCCUGAUAAAACAGAUUAAAGCAGACGAUUACAGCCAUGUUUAACAACUACCAAAGGAAUAGUUUAAAAUGAGAAUAAAGUUAGUAGUGACAAGAAUAAAUGUAACAAAAAUUGGUAAAAAUAUUAUAUCUAUGUGUUACUUGUUUUCCAUCAGUAAUAACGAUAUAGGAUGAUGAUCGUAAACCCUUCAAUCGCCCUUCUAUUUCAGAAACACUCCUUUCCUUUGACCGACGACUAAGGUCAAGUUACACGGAGGUGGGAGUCGAACUAUGGUAGCCAGAGUGGGGUACCGAUAGAGGGGUUGAUGGUACAGCGUACCACUAUUGGAAAGCGUUGGUCCGCGUCCAGCCAUGGAAGGGAUCUCUGAAAAAGAAAGAGAUCGCAACAUUAGGGGAAUAAGAAAGGGUAGAGGAGAGUUCGUAAGGCAGAAGGAGAGAGGGCGCAGCACAGCUGGGUCGAACGCGAUCAUGGUAGGGGAAGUCGGUGUCCUCGGAGUCCUCGUUCACACGAGUCACGAGCGUUGCCGUCCGUCAGUACGGCGCGGAACGCGUUCCUGUUUGUCUCGUUGUGUGGAGUCGGUGUCGCGCGUGCCAGUUCUACAGCUUCUCUCCUUCUUUCUCUGUCAGACUACGCAUUUCUUUGUUCAUUAUCGUCGAUCAAGCAGAGAAAGAGAACGACGCGACUGCACGCUGCCGUGUAACACACGUGUGAUAUUGUGGGUAGUUGGUGUGGUGCGACAGGAUGCGGUACAAUGACCGUAAAUGAGUAAUCGACGUCCCUGCGAGAACCGGUUGGAAGGACGAGGAUCACGGCGGAAAGGACGCCCGUGGCAGGACUUCAACCUCUGUGCAUAGGGGUAGGAUCGAUCGGCCGUGAGGACGAAGAAGAGCUGCCGAUCGACGAAGGUAGCAGGAGUCGGGGGAAAAAGGCUGAAAGCGUGGGAGGAGGGUCGAAAGGUUGAGCGACCCGCGGAGGAGAAAGAAGAGAAAGAGGACGUGGCGGAAGCACGUUCGGUGGAAGAGGAGGAAGAGGAGGAGGAGAAGGAAAAUCGAAAGUAGGAGGAAGACAGAGGUCGAGAGAGGAAGAGAGAUGAGUCUGGUGGGUGACUCGCAAAGUGCGGUGGUCGGUUGUUCGACGAAAGGCAGAUAGCGCCAUUAGUUAUUGCUGGGCCGGAGAACGUCGAGCCGAUGCGCGCUACGGCCCUGGCCGUUGACGAAGAAGGGGAAGAGGAGGAGGAAGAAGAGGAGGACGAGGUUAGAGGAGGGCACAACGGGGCCCAGAGGGCCACGAUGUAUCCCUUCGGGUCGAAGGAACGUCGUCGUCAUCCUGGAAUCGGGACGCCCUUGAUUUUCUUCUUGGUGUUCGGUUGCCUUCUAAUCGUCGCCGUUGCCUCGCCUCUUCAUCCUGUGCCACCACACAGAGGUAUCACGCUCAGUUCUUACAUCGGCUAUUACGAGGUGGCCUCCUAUGAUACCGCGGCCUUGAGACAACAUAGUAACCGGAUGCGUCGCGAUGUCUCCGACGCGGUCGACAAUCAACCUUUGCUGCUGCAACUGAAAGCGCUCGACAAACAGUGGACGUUACGCUUGAUACAAGACAAGGGUCUAUUCAGCAAGGAUGCGACAUUCGAGAGCACGAACGGCCCCAUUGACUUCGACACGUCGCACUCAUACGUGGGCACCGUGUUGGAGGACGAUAAUGCCAUGGUGCAAGGCAUCGUGACAGAGGAUGGCCUUUUCGAUGGCACGGUCGUUACUGGAUUCGAGGAAUACUACAUCGAGCCAACAAAUAGAUACUUGAACAAGGAAGAAGACACAUCUCCGACGUAUCACAGCAUAGCUUAUCGCGCCUCGGAUGUAUUAACGCCACGUAGAUCGUUACCUUGCGCCAGUCAUCAGUUGCAUCAAUCUGCUACUCACGAUUUCACGGAAAGGGGCGAACAUGAUUAUGGGAACGACUCUCGGACGCUUUACGAACCUCUGCUCGGCGAGAGGCAAGCUCUCUACUCGAAGGAAAACGGUGCACGAGUUUUGACCUUGGACAGAGAUAAGAACGCAGCACGUAUGGAAACAAGCAGCGACGGUGAUCGUAUCGCUAGGCAUUUGCACAAACGUGCCACCGUGGAUCCGCGAAAAACUACCUGCAUGCUGUACCUGCAAGCGGAUCAUCAGUUUUUCGCGAGAUACGGCACGGAGGAGGCUUGCAUCGAGGUGAUGACGAGACACGUGCAAAGGGUCAACUCCAUUUAUAAGCACACUGAUUUCAACCAGGACGGCAGACCUGACAACAUCAGCUUCAUGAUAAAACGUGUGAAAGUUCACAGCGAGGACGCGUUGAGAGAUCCCAAUUAUCGAUUCCCAGGCAACUACGGCGUGGAAAAGUAUCUGGAGCUCUUCUCCGAAGAGGAUUACGACGCGUUCUGCUUAGCUUACAUGUUCACGUAUCGGGAUUUCGAGAUGGGAACGCUUGGACUAGCUUGGACCGGUGAUUUGAAAAACGCUGGUGGAGUCUGCGAAAAGAACGGGCACUAUCGUGGCAGUAUGAAGUCGCUGAACACCGGAAUAGUGACUUUGCUGAAUUACGGCAAGCACGUACCACCCGCCGUUUCUCACGUCACUUUGGCCCACGAGAUCGGUCACAACUUCGGCUCACCGCACGAUCCGGAACAAUGCACGCCCGGCGGAGAGGAUGGAAACUUCAUUAUGUUCGCUCGUGCUACCAGCGGCGACAAGCGAAACAAUAAUCGUUUCAGCCCAUGUAGCUUGAGUGCCAUAAACCCAGUUUUGAAUAGCAAAGCUCGUUCUCCGAAGGGUUGCUUUACUGAGCCGCAAGUGUCAUUAUGCGGCAAUGGUGUCAUCGAAGAGGGUGAAGAGUGCGACUGCGGAUGGGAAGAAGAUUGCAGGGAUUCGUGUUGUUUUCCCCAACGUCGUUAUCCGCCAGCAGGCGAGACACCCUGUACACUCACACCGGGUUCCAUUUGUAGUCCUAGUCAAGGUCCAUGUUGUACUGCAGAGUGCAAUUUAAGAUUCGGAGACAAGUGCAGAGACGACAACGGAUGUCGCGACGCAAGCUUCUGCGACGGUCGAUCACCGUAUUGUCCUCCUUCCAUCAACAAGCCCAACAAGACGAUCUGCAAUCGCGAAUUUGUGUGUUUUAUGGGGGAGUGCACCGGUAGUAUAUGCCUUGCAUACGGAUUGGAAUCUUGCCAGUGCAUUCCCGGGCCAAAUGAUCCACCGACGAAAGCCUGUGAACUAUGUUGUCGUCUACCCGGAGAAAAUCAACCUUGCUUGUCGUCUUUUGAUUGGAACUCUCCACCCUACGACAUUCCGGACAUGUUCUCGAAGCCUGGAACACCGUGCAAUGAUUAUAACGGAUACUGUGACGUCUUCCAAAAAUGUCGAGAGGUUGAUCCAAGUGGUCCUUUAGCAACCUUAAGGAAGCUUCUCUUAUCCGACGAAAGUCUAGCCACGUUCCGUCGUUGGAUAAUUGACCACUGGUACGCAGCCGCUUUUAUCAUUGUGGCUGCUGUAUCGCUAUUGGUGGCGAGCAUGCGAUUACUGGGCAAACGGCCGGACCUGAAACUCAAGUCAGUUACAAUAAUACACAGCUCAACGACGGAAACUGUGCGUCUUCCGCCGGAGGGAACGGAGGGAGUGACGGUGCAUCCUCCGGCUGUACGUGCAAAGCUUCCACUCAGCAGAAAAGUCAGAGAGAAGAGGAGACACCGGAAGCAUAAGGAUUCUCAUGGAAACGCGGACAAAUCCGGCAAGGAUGCAUCGAAGAAGAAGAAACAACCGCAAUCACAGGCGAAGAGGAUAUCGGCGAACGCGGCCGAGGACUUUGCUAGGAAGAGAUCAGCAGACGUGACGCCUGCGAUGAUACAAGAGAACAAACGGAAGAAGACCUUCCCAAGUCGAGAUAAGCAGAAUUCGAGUGGCAACGUAAGCGGCGCGGACAACGAGAAAAGAAAGCGUAAGAAGCAACACAAGAAAGAAGUGAUCGAUUAUUCGGCUAUCCAGGCUGAGAAAGAAACCGAGCCAAACGCCGAUCCGAAAAGCAAAGUACGUUCCUGGUUAUUGGCAUCCUCUCAAUGUCGGCCGGAAACUGGCAGAAGCAACGCGACUGGUUUACCGAAAAGCAAGUCUACUCCUGUGGGUCUGACUGGUGCAGGAACCAGACUGCCUGCGACCAGGCAAGCGGUUUCGAGGAGACCAACCGAAUCUAAAGAAACGAAAGCACCAGCAAGUUCAGGGACAAGAAAAGAGAGGGCGAAGCUGCAAGUAGUUUAUAAACCUCCCUUCAGGUUCAGCGUGAAACUGAGAAAAUCCGACAAGGUAGCACAGGUUCCUGCCAUGGCGCCAAACACGACACACGUCAAUGGCAGGCCGAAGCUUCCACGAACCGGUGUUCUUCUAAGGACAGCGAAAAAGAAGGACAGGGUCAGAAUCGGCAGGGCCAGACAAAUAGCGCCUACAGGAAUCGGAAACAGUGCGGGUGAUUUACCUGAGCCAGCCAAUUCUGAUCUCCAUACCGUUCCUUCCGAUCUCGAGGUGUUACUGUCCGAGAGCGAGUUCCUCUUCUCGGACACGUGACCACGGUGAAUCAGAGACGCUUAGAUCUGUUCAUUAUUUAGAGGAAUCUUUUUAGAAAAAAGAUCUGUAUCGAAGAAAUCGAUACGUCGAAGAAUCCCGUCCGCCGAAGUCGCGAAGGAUAGGUACAUGUGAAAACCUUUUACAUGCUAUCCCGUGGUUCAGCCUCAGUUUCGCUAAUGAUAAAUAUAAUUAACCGCUCUGGUCGAUCGUUAAAAAACGCUCGACAGAAUAAAGAAUCAAAAGAAGAAGAUAUUUAUUAUUAGUGAAAUCGAACUUCGAAGAACCAAACCGUUUUAUCGUAUUAGUCUAAUGGCUGCUGGGCGUGUUUUCAUAAACGUUGACGCAACCCCAAAUGAGCUUCUUCCGUUCUACUGUGCUGGAAUUUAUUUUUUUAUCGGUAUCUAAUAACGAGGAGCACGCAUACACAUAUGGCGUACGCUUUCGCUCUUUUUCACGUCUUCCUAGUAAUAAGACGACAUAUCUGUCGUACGUUCAGAAUAAUUCACCUCGUAAAUCGUCGAAUUCGUAUUACGAUGUAACGAUCGAUCACCGAAACGAUCCGCGCGUUCUAUGGAAGUGCUAGUUGAACGAUUCAAGCCAAGUUUUCUUCUUCCAAAGAAAAGGGGCCAAAUUUCACUUUAAAAAAAAAAAAGAAAAAAAAAAGAGAA